UGACAGCAGGGCUGAUUCAGCAACUUUACACACUCUUCAUCUGAAGCUUCACUGAAGGUGACCAUCUGAAGACCAAGGUUCAUGAUGUUCCUGCUGAGGAGUCUUCUGCUGCUUUCUAUCAUGUUCUCCAUGGGGAAUGCAGACGGCCGAUUUGGAUGCCCCAGAGACUGGAGAAAGUCUGGCUCUCGCUGCUUCAGGUUUUUCUCCAGGUCUGUGAACUGGGUCACAGCAGAGAGAAACUGUCAGAGUCUUGGUGGGAAUCUGGCUUCUGUGCAUAAUCAAAUGGAGAAUGAUGUUCUGCUGAGUCUGGUGCCGAGCUCCACACGCUGCUGGAUUGGUGGCCAUGAUGGUGAACAAGAUGGACAGUGGUUGUGGUCUGAUGGAUCGUCGUUUGGUUACACCAACUGGUGCUCAGGAGAGCCUAGUAGCGGGUCUGAGCACUGCUUGGAGAUCAACUGGACAUCGGACCGUUGCUGGAACAAUCAGGGCUGUUCGACCCCAAUGGGCUAUUUGUGUGCUAAAGAUCUUAGAUGUCGUGAUUAGGUUCCAGUUUGCCUGUUCUGCUUUAAUAUCUGUACAGAAGUGUUCGUGUGACUGUAUAACUUCACCUGAGUCUUCACACACUCUGUAUCACACUUCAAACCAAUAAAAGUGAGUAAAUGGUG